AUGACCUCGGUCUACUCUUCCCUGUACUCUCUGCUGCUAUUCUCUCAGCUGAGCAGACUCUCGGUUUCAGUGGCAAUGCCUUCAGCUAAAGGAGAAGAUGGCGCAAUGGAGCAAGAUGGCCUGUUCCUGGGGGCCGAGCCCAUGGCUGAGCCCGCUGUGGUUUCCCCUGUGUACAGGCGAAGCCUCGUGCAGGAAACGAAUGAGAUGAAUGAAGAUGGAAGCCCUAAAUUCUUCAUCCUCUCGGACAUGGGGCUGAAAGAACACGGUAUUCGUGGGCUGAACCCGGCCUUCACCCGGUCCUUUCCACUGCUCACAGACCGAAGCUUGAGCCACACUCCCGCUGAGCACAGUUUGAAAAUUGAUCGCAGAAACACCGACAUCGACAUACUGCGGUGUAUGAUAGGAAGAGUGUACCGACCCUGCUGGACAGCAGUCUAAAUGUCU